CUGCCAUUUCAGCUCAGCUCGUCGUCGUCCCCAGCGCGAGCGCGAUCCAUUACCCUGAACCCUACCUGGAUCCCUUCACCAGUGACCACCCAUCCCUGUCCCAGCCAUGUCGUCGUCAUCGACUCAUCGCCUUGCGCGUAAUAUCCCUCCCCUACUGUACCUGCCCCUACCCCAACUUUUUAUUUUAUCCUCGUGACUCGAUAAGCGCCGAGCGGUGAAGCAAUCGGACGAACCCCAGGCGAGGGCCGAGCGAGCCGACGAGACGAGCGCACAAGAGGCCGGACGCGGCCGCCUAAUCCAGAGCCCCAGGCUUUGUGCCCCCGCCAUGGCGUCGGGCAGCCGCGCCACGCCCACGCGCACCCCCUCCUCCGCGCGGCCCGAGGCGCAGCGGCACGCGCACCACCACCACUCGCAGUCGUCGGGCGGGAGCACGUCCCGGGCCGGCGGGGGCGGCGCGGGCACGGCGGCCACGGAAUCGAUCUCCAAGGCCGUGGCGCAGUACACCCUGGACGCGCGCCUCCACGCGGUGUUCGAGCAGUCAGGUGCGUCGGGCCGUAGCUUCGACUACUCCCAGUCGCUGCGCGGGCCGCCCACCCCGUCCUCCGAGCAGCAGAUCGCAGCCUACCUCUCCCGCAUCCAGCGCGGCGGCCACAUCCAGCCCUUCGGAUGCACACUCGCCGUCGCCGACGACUCGUCCUUCCGCCUCCUCGCCUUCUCCGAGAACGCCGCCGACCUGCUCGACCUGUCGCCGCACCACUCCGUCCCCUCGCUCGACUCCUCCGCUGUGCCUCCUCCAGUCUCGCUCGGCGCCGACGCGCGCCUCCUCUUCGCCCCCUCGUCCGCCGUCCUCCUCGAACGCGCCUUCGCUGCGCGCGAGAUCUCGCUGCUCAACCCGCUCUGGAUCCACUCCAGGGUCUCCUCCAAGCCCUUCUAUGCCAUCCUCCACCGCAUCGACGUCGGCGUCGUCAUCGACCUCGAGCCCACCCGCACCGAGGACCCCGCGCUCUCCAUCGCCGGCGCAGUCCAGUCCCAGAAGCUCGCGGUCCGCGCCAUCUCCCGCCUCCAGGCGCUACCGGGCGGGGACGUCAAGCUCCUCUGCGACACCGUCGUCGAGCACGUCCGCGAGCUCACGGGUUAUGACCGUGUCAUGGUGUACAGGUUCCAUGAAGACGAGCACGGGGAAGUUGUCGCCGAGAGCCGCCGCGCCGACCUGGAGACGUACCUUGGGUUGCAUUAUCCUGCCACGGAUAUCCCGCAGGCGUCGCGCUUCCUAUUCCGGCAGAACCGCGUGCGGAUGAUUGCUGAUUGCCACGCCACGCCGGUGAGGGUCAUCCAGGAUCCUGGGCUGCCACAGCCGUUGUGCUUGGUUGGCUCUACGCUGCGCGCACCACACGGGUGUCACGCACAGUACAUGGCAAACAUGGGGUCCAUAGCAUCGCUUGUUAUGGCGGUGAUAAUUAGUAGUGGUGGUGAUGAUGAGCAGACGGCGCGGGGCAGCAUCUCAUCGACAAUGAAGCUGUGGGGGUUGGUGGUAUGCCACCACACAUCACCACGGUUUAUCCCUUUCCCAUUGAGGUACGCUUGCGAGUUCCUCAUGCAGGCCUUUGGGCUGCAGCUCAACAUGGAGUUGCAGCUUGCGCACCAGCUGUCGGAGAAGCACAUCCUGCGAACACAGACACUACUAUGUGACAUGCUACUGCGGGAUUCACCAACUGGCAUUGUCACGCAGAGCCCCAGCAUCAUGGACCUUGUGAAGUGUGAUGGGGCUGCUCUGUAUUAUCACGGGAAGUACUAUCCACUGGGUGUCACACCCACUGAGUUUCAGAUUAAGGAUAUCAUUGAGUGGUUGACGGUGUGUCAUGGGGACUCAACGGGGCUCAGCACCGAUAGCCUGGCUGAUGCAGGCUACCUUGGUGCUUCUGCAUUAGGGGAUGCUGUGUGUGGAAUGGCAGUAGCUUAUAUCACGUCAAGUGAUUACUUGUUUUGGUUCCGAUCACACACAGCUAAGGAGAUCAAGUGGGGUGGUGCGAAGCAUCAUCCUGAGGAUAAGGAUGAUGGUCAGCGGAUGCACCCACGGUCAUCAUUCAAGGCAUUUCUCGAAGUGGUUAAAAGCAGGAGCCUACCAUGGGAGAAUGCAGAAAUGGACGCAAUACAUUCCUUGCAGCUCAUUCUACGAGACUCCUUCAGAGAUGCUGCAGAGGGCACUAGUAACUCAAAAGCCAUUGUCAAUGGCCAAGUUCAGCUUGGGGAGCUAGAAUUGCAGGGAAUAAAUGAGCUUAGCUCAGUAGCAAGGGAAAUGGUUCGGUUGAUCGAGACAGCAACAGUACCCAUAUUUGCAGUAGAUACUAAUGGAUGUAUAAAUGGGUGGAAUGCAAAGAUUGCCGAGUUGACAGACCUCUCAGUUGAGGAGGCAAUGGGCAAAUCACUGGUAAAUGAUCUUAUCUUCAAGGAAUCUGAGGAAAUAGUUGACAAGCUACUCUCGCGAGCUUUAAGAGGUGAGGAAGACAAAAAUGUAGAGAUAAAGCUGAAGACAUUUGGGUCAGAGCAAUCGCGGGGACCAAUAUUUCUUGUCGUCAAUGCUUGUUCCAGUAGGGAUUACACAAAAAAUAUUGUUGGUGUUUGCUUUGUCGGACAAGAUGUCACAGGGCAAAAGGUGGUUAUGGAUAAAUUCGUCAACAUACAAGGGGAUUACAAGGCUAUUGUACACAAUCCCAAUCCUCUAAUACCCCCAAUAUUCGCUUCAGAUGAGAAUACUUGUUGUUCGGAAUGGAACACAGCGAUGGAAAAACUUACAGGAUGGUCUAGAGGUGAAGUUAUUGGUAAGCUUCUUAUUGGAGAGGUAUUUGGAAAUUGUUGUCGACUAAAGGGGCCGGAUGCAUUGACAAAGUUCACGAUUGUUCUUCACAAUGCGAUAGGAGGGCAGGAUUGUGAGAAGUUCCCUUUUUCAUUUUUCGACAAGAAUGGGAAAUAUGUGCAGGCCUUGUUGACCGCAAACACGAGGAGCAAAAUGGAUGGUAAGGCCAAUGGAGCCUUUUGUUUCUUGCAUAUUGCAAGCCCCGAAUUACAGCAAGCCUUUGAGAUUCAGAGACAACAAGAAAAGAAGUGUUACGCAAGGAUGAAAGAAUUGGCUUACAUUUGCCAGGAGAUAAAGAACCCACUUAGUGGCAUCCAAUUUACCAACUCCCUGUUGCAGACGACUGAUUUAAAUGAUGACCAGAGGCAGUUCCUUGAAACUAGCUCUGCUUGUGAGAAGCAGAUGUCUAAGAUUAUAAAGGACGCCAGUCUCCAAAGUAUUGAGGACGGCUCUUUGGUGCUUGAGAAAGGUGAGUUUUCUCUUGGAAGUGUUAUGAAUGCUGUUGUCAGCCAAGUUAUGAUAUUGUUGAGAGAGAGGGAUUUGCAACUUAUUCGAGAUAUCCCUGAUGAAAUCAAGGACGCAUCAGCAUAUGGCGAUCAAUAUAGAAUUCAACAAGUUUUGUCUGAGUUUUUGCUAAGCAUGGUGCGUUUUGCUCCAACCGAAAAUGGCUGGGUAGAAAUACAAGUCAGACCAAAUGUAAAACAAAAUUCUGAUGGAACAGAUACUAUGCUUUUCCUCUUCAGGUUUGCCUGUCCUGGCGAGGGCCUACCCCCUGAUAUUGUUCAAGACAUGUUCAGCAACUCCCGCUGGUCGACCCAAGAAGGCAUUGGACUGAGCAUAUGCAGGAAGAUUCUCAAAUUAAUGGGCGGUGAGGUCCAAUAUAUCAGGGAGUCAGAGCAGAGUUUCUUCCGCGUCGUCCUCGACCUGCCCCAAUCUCGGCCAGCAGCUAGUAGAGAGAUCAGCUGAUAUGUUAAGUUCAGCGCUGACCUCACCUAGCUAAUUGGCCAAAUAGGUGGCCUGAGCCCCGCGGAGAGGCGGGAACCUAAUUUAUGAGAAGCCCGGAAGUCGAGAUGUCUCAGAUGAAGUCAAGCAGAGUUGCAACUGUGAUUCCCGCUGUGUGUCUGUCACUCCCGGCUAGCCAAUGUAAGUCCGGAUGUGGAUGCUCUUGUUGUAAGAUUACAGUUUGUGGCGGCUAGUAAUGUACACACAGACGGUAAUGUGGCUCGUAGCGUAGGCCCAUGGCCACUUCCAUGUAAUACAUAAGUUGUUAGCUUAUAUGUAUAUUUUCUGUCUUGUACUAUGCAUAAGGAACUGCUUCAGCUCCCAAGGUUAUAUUCUGUAGGCCUUCGCAGGCCUACUACACGUUAAUCUAACUAAAAGCAUUUGGUUUCCUUUUUUAGCA